ACAACAUGCUCGUAACGUGUUGUCAGUUUCCUUACGACAGAGAGGUGGCGACUCUGCAAUGAAGCACAAAGCUCAUCUCCGUUGCCCGAAAUAUUAUAUAUCUGUUGCCAAAUUGUAUGCAGCGAUGCACAAAUUUCCAGAAUAACUGAAACAAAUGUGCGGCAUUCUGUGAUCCGUGCGCGAAUCUUAAUAGCAGAGUCGCCACCUUUAUGUCACAAGAAGACUAACAAAGACAACUCCGUUUUUCGUUAGAAAAAUCAUUGUAUUGGUGAAAUACGUCGUCGUCAUCCGUAAUUUUUGGAACCAGCAAUAACAACGGUAACAUGAUAGCUCAGUUACCUAAUAACUGUGUUACUAGUGACGGAGCAUACUUGUGGCAAUUAACAGUCUUAUUGGGAAAGAAAAAAAAAUUACAAUUCGUGAGUAAAUUGAUCCCCACAAUUGCUUGAAAAUCAUCGAAACGAUGAGCGGAAAAAAGAGCUACCUGCUAGAUAUGAAAAACUACCUGAAGGAUAUUUUCUUCGCUGGAUUAAACUCAGUGAAGCCUCAUAUGUUGAUCCGAAAUAAAAUCAAAGUAAGUGAAAACACUUUAUUCGUCGAAGGAAAGAGUUACGCACUAGGUAACAGAGUUUAUCUCAUUGGCUUUGGGAAGGCAGUGCUUGGGAUGGCAAUGGAGAUGGAGAAACUGCUCGGAAAAAGAUUAACUAAAGGAAUCGUUAGCGUCCCUCGAGGCUCUAUAAAUGAACAAUUGAAGAGUGGAAGUUCAGCCCUUUUAUCGAUGCCCUGUCCCCCGAUAACUCUGAAAGAGAAAAAUGAAUUCUGGAAAAAACUGCAGAACUGUGGAGCUGAUAUCAAAGAAGUGAAUAUCGUUAGGCAAAAAUUAUCGAUGGUGAAGGGAGGAAAAUUUAUAGAAUUAGCUCACCCUGCUACUGUUAUUAGUCUCAUUCUAUCAGAUAUUAUUGGAGAUCCAGUGGAUUUAAUUGGUGGAGGGCCCACUUGUUAUGCCAACAGAGACCCUUGCGAAGUCUUCAAAAUUCUUGAUAAGUACAAUAUAAAAAACAUCGAUAAUACGAUGAAACAAUUGUUGAAUACUAAUGAAAUUCGUGAUAGAAAUCAUUUUACUAAUGUGAAUAAUCACAUUAUUGGUAAUAAUUCAUGUGCAAUCAAUGCUGCACGAGAUGAAGCUUUAAAAAACGGUUUGAAUGUAAUUGUUUUGUUCAAUGAUAUUCAAGGAUUAGUGAAAAAUGUCAGUAAAAUGUAUGUCAUGCUGGCAAAACUUUUCUGCGGAAUACUGAAUAACUCAAUAACGAAAGAGGAAUUUACAAGUUAUGUAAAAAAUUGUGAAGACUUGAAAAGACUCGAGGGAAGAAUUGAAAACAUAUUUUCACAUCUGAAGAUCCAUAAUGAUAAAGGAUUGUUACUGAUAGGCGCUGGGGAGCCCUCUGUAGUUGUGACAGGGACAGGAAAAGGUGGAAGGAAUCAAGAAUUAGCUCUGCAAUUUUCCCUGGAUUGGGCUCAGGAGAUAGAGAAAACCUCUAAGAUGAAGGAAUUCGACGUACUUUUACUAAGUGCUGGAACAGAUGGACAGGAUGGGCCAACCGAUGCUGAUGGAGCCUUCGGUUAUGCGGAUAUUUCAAAAAAUGAGAAAAGUAAGGAUUAUUUAGCUAAUAAUGAUGCUUACCAUUUCUAUUCGGAUUUCGAGGGGGGAGAGAACUUGCUGAAAACAGGAUUAUCUGGAACUAAUGUGAUGGACCUUCACUUAAUUUAUAUUAAGAAGAAAUAGUGAUUUCCGUAACAAGUAUGGAAAGAAUAGAGACAAAAUUAUUACAAGAUUGGGAAAGACCUCUUCUUUUCUAGUGGAGUAAAGAAGAGUGAAAUUUUUAUUGGAUAAUAAACGGAUUCCCUCCAUUAAUAAAGUUUUAUUUGAUUUAAACAUAACAGUGCGAUAAAAUUAUGAAAAAAUGUGGACGUUCAGAGGAAGCUACCUAUAAAUAUACAAUUUAAAAAAGGACACAUCAAACCUCCGUCAGUUGUAAUAUGAGCGUGCCGGACUGCCGCGUUUCUCAGAAGAAUGUUUUUCAUCACAUAAAUCACUGUUUUAAGGAAAAUCCGUAUGUUGGUAUAUUACAGUUCAAAUUUUUAAACGUCUCUCUUAUUGUAUAAUCAUGUAAAGAAUGGGGAGUGAAUAAAUUAGGCGCAGAGACGAAAAAUUAAUUAUAGUACUAGAGCCAACCAGGCUAUCACUAAUUAUUAAUCAAAUUAAUACUGUAUUUAUACAUUGACAUAGCCAAAUUAUACUACACACACAUACACACAUGAGAAAUAUAUAUAUAUUUUUGGUUUCGAUGGA